UAAAAAAAAACUGAAGAACACACACUAAAAAUGUUGGUCAUUGACUUCGUUCACACUUCGGGGAUUCCCCACACUUCGUCUUUGUCACUCCAAUCUUCCGCUCCUACAAAUCUAUUUCGAUUCAAACCCAUCUGCAAAUCGAGCUCCACGAGCAUCCAUUAUUCACGUCGGCCCUUCCAUUUUCCAUCUCGCCUAACUCCUCGGGAUACCAGUCUGCAUCCGAUCAAGAUUUCAGCAAUGGCCGGCGUUCCUUCUGCUUCCAUGAAACUCCUAUUUGUUGAGAUGGGUGUUGGAUACGAUCAACACGGGCAGGAUAUCAACUCUGCGGCAAUGCGAGCCUGCAGGGACGCUAUUUCUUCUAAUUCUAUUCCUGCCUUCAGAAAAGGCGCCAUUCCAGGCGUUUCAUUUGAACAGAUGAAGCUACAGAUAAAAUUAGGAGUUCCUCGGUCUCUCCAAGAAUUUCUAGAUAUUGACAAGGUCAAGUCUGUAUUCCCAUAUGGGAAGAUAGAGAACAUUGAAGUUGUAGAUGGUGGAUUGAUUUGUUCAAGCGGAGUACAAGUUGAAGAAAUGGGUGACAAAAAUGAGGAUUGUUACAUUGUCAACGCAUCUGUUUAUGUUGGUUACUAGCCAAUACAUUUUUUUGUACGAAUAUGAGCGACGAAGAGCUGAUCAUGUUAGCAAGAUCACUCUUCAUGGUUUUUCUUUUCUGUAACAGACUAAUACAAACAUCUUCUUAAUGAGAAUCAAAACAUGAGACAUCAACUAA